GUGGGCUACAGGAACUGUCGUGUAUGUCAUUGCCAUGUUUUUGGAACCAUGGAGAUAUUUAGUUGAAGCAAAUACUUUGAAUUACCUGCUUUAUGUUGUUAUUCUAAUGAGGUAGAUGGAAUUUCAGUCUUUAGCUCUGUCUGAAAAUGGAAGUAAGAUUUAAAGGGGAGAAAUCAGACAUGGAGGAGAUGACGAUAUGGGAGCAGCACACAGUCACGUUAACGAAAGACUCCAAGGUUGGUUUCGGUUUUGCUGUCUCAGGUGGGCUAGACAAGCCCAACCCGGUAAGUGGUGACUCAGCUGUGGUGGUCUCCGAUGUGAUUCCCAGUGGACCCGCCAUGGGCCGGCUUCAGACACGGGAUCAGAUAGUUAUGGUGAAUGGAGUUUCAAUGGAGAAGGUCACCUCACUGUAUACUAUUCAAAAUCUGAGAAAUUGUGGGAAAACUGUGAACAUUACUAUCAAGAGACCACGCACAAUUCAGAUCCCCAUGAGCAACAGACCUACUCGUUCUGCCUCUCAAUCCAAUUUAUUAGAUGAUGACAGACCCAAGGGAAGGGAACGGCGUGGCUCCGAUACUGAUCGCAAUCGACGAGCUCGAAGUGUAACACCUGAAAGUAACGGUCAUGACCUGCCUAUCAUGUCCAGCUUCAAAAGGAUUCCCAAUCAGGACAUGCAAGAAAAACCAAUCAGAGCAACCCUGAUCAAGAAAAAACCCACAGAUGAGUACGGAAUGAAGUUGGGGAGCCAGAUCUUCAUUAAGCACAUGACACCCACCGGUCUGGCUUCCAAAGAGGGGACCCUGCAGGAAGGAGAUCUUGUUCUGAAGAUUAAUGGCAUGACGACAGAAAAUCUUUCCUUGCUGGAGACCAAACACUUGGUAGAGAAGUCUAGGGGUAAACUGACCAUGCUGGUGUUGAGGGAUGACAGGAAGUUUCUGGUCAGCAUUCCAGAGGUGGAGGACAGUCCUCAAAACAGUGCGGACGAGAAGCGAGAAGACAGCAGCUCAGAGCUGGAGGAAAUUUCAGAUCUGGAUUCAGAUGGCCCCACAAAUAGAACAUCCCGUCCAAGGGAUCGCCGCUCUCGCAGAAAUCGCGCUGAUCCUCCAUUCUCAAAACCGCGGGAUUCUCCGCCUUUGCGUUCGACACUCACACGACCGCCAGCCCAGUCAGUGCCCCCACGCAGAGUUCCAUCAGAGUCUGAAUCAGACCACAGCAACUCGCCUCUACCAUCAAGACACGACACUCUUGAUAACAGAGACAGAUAUAAGGUUCUCUCAGGGAUCUCCACACUGCCAAACCCUCGAGCUUCACCUGUUACACAGAACUGGAACACAUCCACGUCCUCACGACCUCGCAAAGCUGUUUCUGAUUCCGAUUCAGACCGGAGCGCCUCCCCACCCCCAAGACGCCAGAGUCCCAAACCUGAAAAUCCCUCCAGAUACAAGGUGCUCCCCAAUCUUCCCCCACCUGGUUUGAAGUCUUCCUCUGUUAUGUCUCAGGAUUUCCCUCGCCGUAUGGCUUCACCUUACAGACCACCACCCAGAGAUGCAUCCGAAUCUGAAUCCGAAGAUAGUACUGAACCUCCACGCAGACGGGCCACUCCAGCCAGCCAGGAGUCCAACAAUAGAUACAGGGCAAUGCCUGAGGUCAUGGCAGUCCCUAGAAUGGAACCCUCAAAAUGGGCGAAACCCUCAAUGCCUGUACAGAGAGCUCCCUCAGAGUCUGAAUCAGAAGCUAGUUACAGCUCUCCUCCACCACCGCUGUCUACAGCCAGUACAAACUCUAGAGCCAUACAGGGAGUAGAAAUUAAAGCGCCAAUCAUCAACAGCAGACAAGAGCCUCCACUCAGAGCAGCACCGGCCAGACCUCCACCUGAAGAUUCCUCUGAAUCAGAAAGAGCUCCAUCACCUCCCAGGAGAUCAGACAGUCCAGGCCGCAACAGCGAUAACAGUUUUCCACGUGCUAACGGCACUCUUCGUUCUAACGUCUCCAUUCCCAACCACACCAAACUCAACUCUAAACCUAUAGAGGAGCCUUUGUAUUCCCUCCCACCAGACGCAGUCCCUACACCAAACCUGGGGUACAGCUCGGAUCAGAACCAUGUGAGGUUUGUGAAAGAGGGUAAUGUUGGGUUGAGAUUGGUGGGAGGAAAUGACGUCGGCAUCUUUGUUGGUGGCGUCCAACCCAACAGUCCAGCCCAGAAGGAAGGCAUGAAAGAGGGUGAUCAGAUACUGGAGGUAAAUGGUGUUGAUUUUAACCACUUCACCAGAGAGGAAGCAGCUAUGUAUCUUAUGAACAUCCGUGCUGGGGACCAUAUCAAUAUCCGGACUCAGAAUAAAAUGGACAUCUACAAGAAGAUCUUGAAGUCUAGCCUGGGUGACUCCUUCUACAUCCGUACACAUUUUGAUCAUGUGGCGGAGAAUAGCGUUGACCUGAGUUUCACCAGAGGCGAGGUGUUCAGAGUGGUGGACACCAUGCACCGUGGGAAGCUAGGAACUUGGCUAGCUGUGCGCAUGGGCAAUGACUUGCAUGAGUUGGACAAAGGCACUAUUCCUAACCAGACCAGGGCUGAAACUUUGGCAAGUGUGGAGCAGGCACAGAGAAUUAGUGCGGCCGAACGCCAGGGAUCCGGCCCCAGAGCAGAAUUCUGGAAGCUACGGGGUCUCAGAGGGGCUAAGAAGAACACCAGAAGAACUCGUGAUGACCUGCUACAGUUGACAAUUCAGGGCAAAUUUCCAGCUUAUGAGAAGGUCCUUCUGAGAGAGGCCAAUUUCAAGCGGCCUAUCGUCAUUUUGGGCCCUCUGAAUGACAUUGCCAAUGAGAAGCUGGCCAGAGAAAUACCUGAUGAUUUUGAAGUUGCAGAAAUGGUACCCAGGGGUGGAAAUGAGAGUUCAUCCAGUGUCAUCAAACUGGACACAGUGAGGCAGAUAGCAGAGCAGGAAAAGCACCCCCUGCUGGACAUCACUCCAACUGCAGUGGAGAGGUUGAAUUAUAUUCAAUACCAUCCCAUGGUGCUGUUUUUGGAUCCUCGCAGUCGGAAAGAUGUGAAGGCCAUGAGGCACAAAUACAUGCCGGACUCCAACAAGAGCUCUCGACGCCUCUAUGCUCAGGCCUUAAAGCUCAGGAAACACUACAGCCAUCUAUUUUCUGCACGCAUUGAUCUACAGCCUAGUUCUAACAUGUGGUAUGACGUUCUGAAAGACAAGAUUCGGGUGCAGCAGGCUAAACCAGUCUGGGUUUCAGAAGUCACGUUGGAAGGAGGCGGUGACGAAGAGCUUGACGCACUGAGCCGCUCACACAACUCUGACUACCUCAGCGGUGCCAGCGACUACGAGGACACCGACGGCGAGCCCUUCACUGACGGCGAAGCCUACACAGACAACGAAGAGCUGGAAGAGCCCACCGAAGGCAUCAGCAGACACCGCAGUGCUUUGGCCCGUUCCUCGGAGCCCGCUACUGGGCAGAACCACAGCCCUAAGCCUCACUAUGACCCAGAGCCAUACCUGGAGGAAGAACCAGAGUACACCCUGCCUCCUGAAGUACCUCCUAUCCUUCAUGUUCCUGAGCCCCGGUCUUUACGCCUUGCCUCCAAUAGCCCACAACAACAGGACGACAUACCCUCCCAGCACAGUUUCACCGAUUCAGACUUCAGUACCACUGAGCUGGCCGCGCCACCAGCACCCUCCGACAUACCACCCAAUUUCAGGGCACCAGACCCCACAGAACUCACUGCAGAUACCCCUCCACCACUGUCAGCCAUAGAGGAGAAACUACAACAGGCCCGUAUGGCAGAACCUGAACGGAAGCCUUCUCCUGCAUUCAUAGUAUUGGCCCAUCAUGAAGCCAUGCAAAUGCGGAGGACGCAGAUCAGAGGAAGUGACAGUGACAGUGACAAUAAUGAUCCCGAAAGAGAUGAUGAUGAUUAUGAUGAUGAUGAAGCUGAUGAUAUUGAAUGGGGACCAGCUACGGAGCUCUAAUACAUGACCUCUCAAGUCUCUUUUUGGGGCUGUACAUUUACACAACCUUAAUGAAAGAACUAUAAAAAGGUUUUUUGAAUGUUUCAGUGUUUUUUAUUAAGUAACCUCGUGGACUUUUUGUAGAUGAAGGUAAUCCUGAAUUGAUUUUGAAGAUUUGCGAACUCUGCCAUUGUGUCCUUUUGCAGGUUUUGUUGCUGUAAUUGAUGUGCAGAUAUCUUCCUCAGGAUUGUUUUAAAAAAAAUAUUACCAGUUGUAAUAAAGACAAUUUGGGUAUGUUUUACCCAAGUCAUUAGAUAUUGUUUUAUGUUUUUCUAUUUUUAAAUAAAUUGAACACAACUUUU